UUUCAGCAUACACAAGGAAGCAUUUUUCUCGGAAAAAAGAAUCCAGGAAAUCUCAUUUAAUGUUGUAGGCCUCAAAGCGUAUUUCAUCCCUAUUCUUCUUCCUCUCCACCAGCUGCCUUCCCCGAUUCAUACUCUCUCUCUCUCUCUCUCUAUCUCUCAAUGGCGACUUUCGCAAGAAAUCGUGGGUUUGCAAUAGCCUCAAAUCUCCUCAAAACACUAACAAAGUCAUCCGAUCUUCCCUCAAACUCGAGACAUCUAAGUCUCGUCAGCAGUCCAAUCAGCAACCACACUGCUAAAUGGAUGCAGGAUACAAGUAAGAAAUCUCCAAUGGAGUUGAUCAAUGAAGUUCCGCCCAUCAAGGUUGAAGGCAGGAUUGUUGCCUGUGAAGGAGAUAACGAUCCUGCACUUGGACACCCAAUUGAGUUCAUAUGCCUCGACCGUGAAGAGCCGGCUGUGUGCAAAUAUUGUGGCCUGCGCUUUGUGCAGGAUCAUGGCAGCCAUCAUCACUAGGAUUUAGGUGCCGAAUUUUCUUACCUAGGAUGAGUCUUUCAAGCUAUCGCUGGGGGAUGAUCCAUGUGUUACCCUUGUUUGUUGGGUCUAUUUGUAGAAUCAUGGUCCCUCCAACAAUGCUUCCAUGCCUUGAUUUGCUGCACAAUAAGGAUUUAGCAUUUUGUUUAAAUUGUUUUCUAAUCCAAACUUGGAAGAUAAUAUAUGAACAAAGUUUGGAUUGCU